CGUGUGUGUGCAUGCGCUCUAAUGCAUAAUAUACACAUAGCAGCAGGUUCAGUUGUCCAGUAUUUGAUACAUAUUAUUCAUCGAUGCUGUCACAUUUUGUGUAUAUUUGAGUUGAGUGAAGAACCGUUAACGCAAAGAAGCGAACCGAUCUUCUAAAGAGAGGUUAAAAACUCGAAUCUACGAUAAUAGUGGCGAGCUUCAAGCCCGACUCGGUGAUCGCUUUAUAAGACGGUCGGUCGUUCGUUGUCAUUUGAAAACGGAAGCCAUCUUGUGGCCGAGCCUCCCAUAUUAUUACCAGGGAAUAAUAGUUGACCAACUAAUUGUUCCGAAAAAUUAAUUCGUAUCUUUUUCAUUACGUCUAGACUAUGCACGAAUCAUUGUACCAUAUGUUUACAUAGCCAUGGCUGCGACGAGAAAGUUGCAAGAUACUUAUCACUUCUUUUUGCACCAACAAUGUAGGAGUUAAGAUGAGAGAAAUAAAAGGUGAAAUAGACAGGUGCCUUAAAAAAGUGACGGAGGGCGUAGAGACGUUUGAGGACAUUUGGCAAAAAGUCCACAAUGCCACUAACAGCAACCAGAAGGAGAAGUACGAAGCUGAUCUCAAGAAGGAGAUCAAAAAGCUUCAAAGGUUACGCGACCAAAUCAAGAGCUGGAUUGCAUCUGGAGAAAUUAAGGACAAAAGUACCCUCCUUGAUUAUCGGAAGCUAAUCGAAACUCAAAUGGAAAGGUUCAAAGUUGUAGAAAGGGAAACGAAGACUAAGGCUUAUUCUAAGGAAGGCCUAGGAGCUGCCCAAAAACUUGACCCGGCGCAAAAGGAAAGAGAAGAAGUCAGUAACUGGCUAGCUAAUUCGAUAGAUGCGCUCAAUUUGCAGCUGGAUACAUUUGAGUCUGAAAUAGAGUCAUUGCUUGCCGGAAAGAAAAAAAGGCUAGACAAAGAUAAGCAGGAUAGAAUGGAUGAGCUCAAAGCAAAGCUUGAAAAACACCGAUACCACAUUCGCAAGCUGGAGACGUUGUUGCGCAUGUUGGAUAAUAUGUCUGUCGAGGUUGACACGAUCAAGAGGAUAAAGGAUGAUGUCGAAUAUUAUAUUGAAUCCUCCCAAGAGCCAGACUUUGAGGAGAAUGAGUACAUUUACGAUGACAUUAUUGGACUGGACGAAGUCGAGUUAUCUGGUGUUGGUAUACCAUCGUCAGCAACGACGGAUAGUAACAACAGCAACGAAACGGGAGGCACUCCAACGUCCACUAAUUCAGGAACUUCGCCCAUACCGUCACCUCCUCUAAGUUCCACCAUGCACAAUCAUUCGAGUGAUAGUUCUACAGAUACGGAUAAGAAAACAAAGCCUGUGAAACCGACGGCAGUGAGACCUUUACUUAAUUCCCAAGGAAGUAUUUCAACGACAGGAAGCACUACUGUAAUAAAGAUGAGUUUGUUGUCGAGCAGUACGCCGAGCAAACCCAUUCCCAUGACAUCUAGCCAUAGCUCGCCUAGCGCAACAAUUAACCAUAUUGCAACGUCGAACGCUGGAAACUUUGCAACUGUUGCUGCGUCGCACAUAAACUCUCAAGUCAUCCAUUCUACCUCUAGUAAAACAUCAUCUCAUGGAAGUGAAAACGGGCUGUUAUCAUCAUCAUCAACAUCAAGCGUAGCGUCGAACGUACCUCCAACAAUUAUGCAGCAGCACAAUAAUCCACCGCCACUUCAGCCGUCUCAUAUACUGCUAAAUCAACAGAGUCAGAAUCACAACAGCGAAGCGGAAAUGACGACGCCGAUUCCCUCGUCGUCGUCUCCGCCUUCGCCUGUGAGCAGUCGAUCCUCGCCAUUGCCUGCAAAUUCCUGUUCACCGGUACCAUCUGCCACCAACGGUCUCAUCUCUAAAAUUCCCGACGGCAUGUCUUCGCUAAAAUCCAUUGCCCAACAAGUUAUUGUCAGAGCAGGUCUUGAGAUACCUCCAUCGGAGCCAACUAGGAACCUCUUUGACACUACGAAGGUGUCAAAUGCUACUUCGGAAGCACACAUUCCGCCGCUACUUGGGGUGGCGCCGCUGGGACCGGUGCCUCUCCAGAAAGAGCACCAACUUCAAUUCCAAAUGAUGGAAGCAGCUUACUAUCACAUGCCUCAUCCCUCAGACUCUGAACGACUCAGAUCGUAUUUGCCCCGCAAUUUGUGCAAAACGCCGCCCUACUAUCAACAAGUUCAGCUUCCACAUUCUGAUACAGUGGAAUUUUUCCAGCGACUAUCAACGGAGACGCUAUUUUUCAUAUUUUACUAUAUGGAAGGAUCCAAGGGACAGUACUUGGCAGCUAAAGCUCUUAAGAAACAAAGCUGGAGGUUCCAUACGAAAUACAUGAUGUGGUUCCAAAGACACGAAGAGCCUAAAGUUAUCAACGAGGAGUACGAACAGGGAACGUACAUAUACUUCGAUUAUGAAAAAUGGGGGCAACGCAAAAAAGAAGGCUUCACUUUUGAGUACAAGUACUUAGAGGACAGGGACCUUAACUAAUCUCAGAUCUGUCGCUCAUGGGGUCUCCGAAAUGCACUAUUUCUGUACCGGUAUUAUCAACAAAAAAAAUCUAAAAGACAUUUUAUUUUUUAUGAUUCUAUAUUUUCACAAAAUAUAAUUUUACUUAUUGGUAAAAAAAAAGGUAUCUGAAACGACAAAAAUGAAGAGAAAAACUUUGAAAAAAGAUAUGAACACCUGCUUAGUGGGCACAAUGAAGGCAUUCAUUACAUAAUUAUACUGUGGUAAAAAUCUCCCCCACCCCCCCUUACCCUCGAAAAAAAGUUAAAAUCCAUAAUGACGUAUGUUUACCGGGGACAGUACACUGUAACUAAAUAAUAAUAUGAGAGGCACCAGGAACACACCUGAGUAGAGUAUGAUUUGGUGUGUGGUCUGUGAUCAUAAGAGGAAGAAGUUAUACUCGCUGGCGACUGACUCGAAAUACCAGUACAAACAUGUGUGCGGCCCACCCACCCUGCGAAGGUGAGGUGGAGGGCGCUCAUGCUAUGGUAUGUCUUAAUGUUAGAUUAUAAGUAGCCUUUUUGUAUAAAGUAUAUUGAGGUAUAAAACCCUUAAAUUGAAUUACUGUACAGAAUGUGUAGAAAUAGUGAAUAAUAAUAUUAUGGAAUAUA